CCUGGUUUGCCUUUAACACCUGCCACUCUGGGAAGAGAAUGACUGUGGGUCUUGGGCAAAGCCUAUAGCCUUCAUCAGCCUGUUCACUGACCAACUGCACAGCAGUGACAGGGGCAUGGCAGUGGCACAGAGCAAUGGUGGAAGCACAUCCCUGAGACAGCCUCUCUGCAGCCCCAGCUCCAGCAGCCUGCAUCCCAGAUUUAUGGAUGGCACCUGAGUUUUGGUCAGUGGUCGUGCAGUCCAAGGGGCUGGAUGGCAUGCUGGACCCAAGCUCAGCUCAGCGUCCGGACCCAAUAACAAUUUUACCAAGGGAGCAGCUUUCUAUCCUGGCCACACUGAGGUGCAUAGCGUAAUGUCCAUGUUGUUCUACACUCUGAUCACAGCUUUUCUGAUCGGCAUACAGGCAGAACCACACUCAGAGAGCAAUGUCCCUGCAGGACACACCAUCCCCCAAGCCCACUGGACUAAACUUCAGCAUUCCCUUGACACGGCCCUUCGCAGAGUCCGCAGCGCCCCGGCAGUGGCGAUAGCUGCCCGAGUGGCAGGGCAGACCCGCAACAUUACUGUGGACCCCAGGCUGUUUAAAAAGCGGCGACUCCGUUCACCCCGUGUGCUGUUUAGCACUCAGCCCCCACCUGAAGCUGCAGACACUCAGGAUCUGGACUUUGAGGUCGGUGGUGCUGCCCCCUUCAACAGGACUCACAGGAGCAAGCGGUCAUCGUCCCACCCCAUCUUCCACAGGGGCGAGUUCUCGGUGUGUGACAGUGUCAGCGUGUGGGUUGGGGAUAAGACCACCGCCACAGACAUCAAGGGCAAGGAGGUGAUGGUGUUGGGAGAGGUGAACAUUAACAACAGUGUAUUCAAACAGUACUUUUUUGAGACCAAGUGCCGGGACCCAAAUCCCGUUGACAGCGGGUGCCGGGGCAUUGACUCAAAGCAUUGGAACUCAUAUUGUACCACGACUCACACCUUUGUCAAGGCGCUGACCAUGGAUGGCAAGCAGGCUGCCUGGCGAUUUAUCCGGAUCGACACGGCCUGUGUGUGUGUGCUCAGCAGGAAGGCUGUGAGAAGAGCCUGACCUGCCGACACGCUCCCUCCCCUGCCCUUUCCACACUCUCCUGGGCCCCUCCCUACCUCAACCUGUAAAUUAUUUUAAAUUAUAAGGACUGCAUGGUAAUUUAUAGUUUAUACAGUUUUAAAGAAUCAUUAUUUAUUAAAUUUUUGGAAGCA